UUGUGAAGAACUUGAACUGGAGUCUUGAUUCAAUUUGGCCUCUGAUUUACGUUUCUUCUCGCCUAUCUUUUGGCACUUUUGUUCACUGAUUAGUGUUGUCCCUGUACUUAAUAAUGAGCCUCUUGAGGACGUAAUGUCGACGGACAUCUGCGAGUGCAGACUUCUUUUAGAGCCAUCACCACUGAAAUCCUUCCAACGAGGCGUUGACAGACGACUUCCGAAUGCAAAAUUACUAUCAAGACUGGAUUUCUUCAUUCGCUUGUUGCGAUACUCAAUUGGAUCCACUCUGGGAAGGCAGGAUUUAGGGAUUUUCUUCUUGAUCAAGGGUUUAACAAUUGGUUUAGUUGAUACUUCUGGGAUUUCUGUGAGUUUUGCAACACUUGUGUCGAUUGUGAACAUGUUCUCACUUCUCUGCUCACCGACAUCUCCAAUGACUUCCAAUUUUGGUGCAACAAUGACAGAUUUUUCCUCAUACUCAAUCUCUUUGCCCUCCUUAUAGACUUCAGUCUUGUCCUCAAGCUUGUCCUGGUUGGUCAGUUGGAAAGCAAUUCGAAGGGGUUUCUGGAUUUUCUUAGCUUUCCUGUACUUCUUUUGCAAUUUCUUCGUAUUCCGACUUUCCAUUCGAAUUGUCACUAUCCAGAUCAAUACAAGGCCGAAAAAGCUUGAUAUCAUGAAGAGUGGAAUAAACUCUUCACUCUCAAUCAGCGUCUUGAUCGUCAGCAAAGCAUUUCUGAAGGGAAUGAACUCUUCACUCUCUAUCGGUGUUUCUUUUGCAGAGUUAGACAAUCCAAAAUGCCUCCAAAUGCUCUCUUUGAUUGUCAGCAAGACGUUUUUGAGGGAAAUGUGCUUUAGCGCAUACAUUUUUCACUGAUUGAGCUGAAUAAAAUUUUUCACGAAUGUGAACAAAUAUCCUAGAUUGCUAGAAUUCAUAAAUGCAUAUUUUAUACUCUAUUUAGGAUCAUAAUCUUGCCUGGUUUAUGAACGAAAUGAUGUGUUCCAAACACUAUCUUAUCGUGAGAAAGAUACUUUUCCUUCAUGCUUGUAAUUCGGCCACUGAAAUUGUGUGAAAGCACAUUGAUAAGGAACGUUGAGUUUUAUUAUCUGAGAAGCAUCAGAAAUAUCUUCUGUGUGGGUUAUUGAGGAAUAGUGUGAAAGAAUUGUUAUCAAUGUUUUGGCAUUGCUAAGAAAAUGCAGAGUGAAUUUAUCGAGUUGAUAUAUAAUUUCAAUAACAAAGCAUGACUUUUUUUUUCAAUUUCCUGUGUUUGUGUGUGUGUGAAAUAAGAUGCUGAAAUUUUGGUAUUUGAUUUGCUGAUACAAAAUUGAGUGCACACAGAGCGAUAGAUAAAAAGAAAACCAGUGUUUAAAAAUAAAAUCGAAAAGCACGACUGGAGUGUGUUUGUGUGUUUGCGGAAGAAAAGAAUAUUUGUGCAGAGAUAAAAAUUUGCUCUCGCAUGAAUUUGACGAAUGGGAAAAGAGACGAUUUUAUGGUGUCAAGGUUUUGUGAAUUCUCUAGUGUGCACUACAAAUGUUACACACUUCUAUUUUGCUGAAUGGACAGAACAAUGGCAAACAAUUGAAAAUAUACUCCCUGAAAUCUUCCCUCAGCGCACGCAAAUUUCUGUAGCUCUCUCCUAUUAAAAGAACAUCGAGCGCGAGAGAGUGUAAUCAAAAAAGUGGACGUCACACACGACAAAUUAAUUCGAGAGAAUGUGUAAAUGUUUGCCUUUUUUCUGCCUGACCACUUUGGCAGUGUGUCUUCUCUCUUGCUGUGAGCUUUGAAUGGGGAAAAGGAGGAAUAUGUGAAGAAACGUGCUAUCAAAAUGCAUUUUAAAAUGAUUCAAGAGACCCACUUAGCAUACAGUUGUGUGUUCAAGCGAUGCAUUAUUAAUUAGAAGCUCGAUUUAUAGAAUGUAAUGCAAUGUUUGUGCCUCGAUAGUCGGGCCAAGAGUGAAGUUGUGUAUUUUUUCGUGUGUUGGGAAGAGAAAACACAACAGUUAAGUUUUAUCGAUUGAACUCAUUUUUGGGGGGGCGCCUUUUGUGUGUUUGUGUCACACACGCGGAGUGAGAGAGAAAAGGAUUAUCGCACAUGGAGGACAAUUUAAACUGCUCUCAGAAUAUCGCCAAGUCGGGGCGCCAGACGAAGCGGAAGUUUCCGGGCGGUGAGGCGGGCCCGUCGGGGAAGAAGGGCCGUCUGAGUGGGGACGUGGCGGCCAAUGUGAAGCUGCCCGCUCAUGGGUAUCCGAUGGAGCAUCCCUUCAACAAGGACGGCUAUCGUUACAUCCUGGCGGAGCCCGAUCCGCACGCCCCGUUCCGGCAGGAGUUCGACGAGAGUGCAGAUUGGGCGGGGAAGCCCAUUCCUGGCUGGCUCUAUCGCAUCCUCUCGCCGAACGCCGUGCUCCUUGCACUGCACGAUCGUGCGCCACAGCUUAAGAUCUCAGAGGACAGACUUUCUGUCACCGGCGACAAAGGCUAUUGCAUGGUGAGAGCGACACACUUUGUCAACCGAGGCGCUUGGUAUUGGGAGGCCACCAUUGAGGACAUGCCCGAGGGAGCGGCUGUGCGGAUGGGCUGGGGACAGGAGUACGCCAAUCUCCAGGCUCCGCUCGGCUAUGACAAGUUCGGCUACUCUUGGCGAUCGCGCAAAGGUACGCGCUUUCACGAGUCUCAUGGGAAGCACUACAGUCCUGGCUAUGGUGAGGGAGACACACUAGGCUUCCUCAUUGUCCUGCCGCAGAUUGAGGGGCGCGCCUACACGCCCAACACGUACAAAGAUCGUCCGCUGGUGAAGUUCAAGAGUCAUCUGUACUACGAGGACAAGGACAAGAUCAAUGAGACGCUGAAGAGUCUGAAGCCACUGCCGGGCAGCAAGAUUUACUACUUCAAGAACGGCGAGUGCCAAGGCGAAGCGUGGACAGAAGUCUUUGGCGGCAGCUACUAUCCCACGAUUUCGCUGCAUAAAGGAGUGACGGUGAGCUGUAAUUUUGGGCCGAACUUCAAGUAUCCGGAGAUUGAGGAGAGAUACAAAUGCAGAGGGAUGCACCAGCGCGUGGAGAAUCUCAUCUGUGAGCAGUCGAUGGCGGAUAUGCUGUAUUUCACGGAGAACGACGGCAAGUUGAGACUGGACUCGGUGAAUUUAUGAAUUUAGUGGA